CGCAAAUUGAGUGAAAUACUUCUGCUACAGAAUUUGAUGCAGGUUUUUUUUAUUAAGAGGAUAUUCACAAAUGAUCAUGACAAGAUGCUGACUCAUACAGAACCGUUUUAGGCACAAUGAAUCUUUGCAGAACGAUCCAACACACCACUAUGGUGUACAUCUUUGAUCUUGUUCUGCUAUGCAUCAUUUUGACGUACGCAACUGCGCUACCUGUUGUCGAUAAUGAAUUGCAAAAUGAAAAUGGUUCCUCAGAUGACAAUUCGACAACGCCGUUUACAACAUUACCUACAGCUCCUUCAGAGCUGAAGAGUACAGUCGUAUCUCCGGAUUCCUUCAUGGAUAUCGUUAAUAAUGGAUCGACCGUUACCCAAUCUCUCUUUGCACUUACAAGUGCCUCUAAAAUGCAAACGAGCAAUGAAAAUCCUUCUUUCAGUGGCUCUUCCUAUAGUUUUGGGUAUACACAGCUAUUAACUGAAAGCGAAACGAUGGGUUACAGUGACGUCUCAAUAUCAACAACAAGCGCUCCUAUUACAACCACGGAUCUACAAUUAACAGUCACUGCUGAUAGGUCAAUAUGUCCAGUCAUCAUUGUCACUCCCGAAUUCAUAUCGACAUUUUUUGGACAAUCGGCUUCAUUUUCAGGAACUGUGGAAUCUUAUUCCCAUCGGGCUAUCAUAGCACUAUGGUUGAAAAUAGGACAAAAUAGAACUGAAGUCAUUGACAUAAACAAAGAUAAAUACGCUGGAAGUAGCCAUUUGCCACGUCCGCUACUCAGGAUUAAUAAAAUUAAUUUUGAUGACGAAGUCAGAUAUCAACUUCAAGUUCGGAUUUCUGAUGGAUGGUGUCAUGGCAAUAUUGUCAGAUUAGAAGUCAAUGGAACGUUCCGAUUUAAUGAUUCAUGCAACAUGACAAAGGAAUGUGAUCAGAGAUACCAUUUAGAAUGCUCAAAAGAGUACGGAAAAUGUAUGUGUGCUCGUGACACUUAUCGCAGGAACGAAAUAUGUUUCAACAGAACCAACUUGAGGGCUAACUUAAUAGGAUCGGAGAUAAGCACAUCCUAUAUCUCCGUGUGGUGGGAUGACCCGUUUGAGGAAUCGAACUUCACCGUGCUCAAGUAUUACACUAUCGCACUGGUAGAAAACGAAGGAUCACUGAACAUAAGCGUGUCUGUUGAAAGAGAAAAUAACUACACGUUUGAAUCAUAUUUUGCUCCUGGACACCUGUUUAAUUUAUAUAUUACCUCCACAAUUCUGCUCAGUAAUCCAACGGAAAUUAUUAAUGUUUACUCUUGGAUACCAAUAGUUGUUGAUCCUCUUCCUCCGGGUCCAAUCGACUUAAAUGCCAGCGACUUUCAUCCAGAAAGACUCUAUCUCGAAUGGGCGGUUCCACAAAAUGAUACUUUGGUCAAUGGUUACAUGGUAGAAAUAAGUGGUGCUGGCUAUUUUGACAUGAAUUAUACGGUUUCAAAUAAUUUCACAUGGCCAUAUAGACUAGAUCCUGGAGAAAUUUAUAAUAUAACUAUCACUGCAAGGAGUUGGGGUGGGCAUUUUUUUGUGAAAGAGAGCACAGGAUAUACUGAACAAAUUGAGACAUUGCGUACUCCUACAGUUGAAUUAAACAAUUCCUACUUCAAUAUUCCUUUCCUAUCAAAACUCGAGAUCGGAGCUUCAGUUAAAAAUCUAACUAAUAUCCCAGCACCAUAUGAAACGAAGUGGGAAAGAAUUCGUAAUGGAAUCACAGUCGAUAUAAAUAUAACCGAAGCAAAAUACAACGGCAGUACUGUUGACUUAGUUGAGCCCAGACUUGUCAUUAAUGAUGUAGAUUUUAUCAAUGAAAAUGGUUCUUACUACAGAUGUCUUGCACUCAAUGCUGAAGGAUGGGGAGCAAGCGAGUCUGCAUAUGUAUCUCUAUACGGAAGCAUUAAAUUCCUGGGAAAUUGUAGCGAGAGUAGAGAGUGUGAACCGAAUAAAAAUCUCAUGUGUCGUUACCUUAAUCAAAAAUCAUCAUGUUUGUGCUCAUGGCCUUACUAUCACAGAGACUCCGUUUGUCAUAGUCAACACUAUGCGAGUCCCAACAUUCUUGGAGUUGAAAAAAGUAAAUGCGAAGCCAUUUGGAAAUGGAGAUAUCCAUCCGUUGAUGCCGACCUUAUUAUUGGUUUCCGAAUAAUAUUAUAUUCCGAACAUGCAAGAAAUUCUGAAUCCAGAUUGUGGCGUACAGAAGACAAUGUUAACGUUGGAAAUGUCACAGCGUAUGCAACAUCAUGUAAACUUCAACCUGGCCGCCUUUAUCAUUUCUACAUUUCAUCUAUAUUAUUACUAAGCAACCCUGUUGAAACUUUGUCUAAUUACUGGUGGAGUUCAUUCGUUAUCAUAG